GAGGGUUCUUCUUUUCCAUUGAAAAACCCGCAAAAAGGGUUCAUACUACAAAAGAAAGCUCAACUUCAUAUCUCUAUCUAAAAGAGAAGUACUGAUCUUCAGCUCCUUCCAAGUUCCAACUUGGUUAAUGCAAAAACCCUACAAAAGAAAGCACAAACACUUAAAGUUGGUAGAUUGAUCUCGAAUUACUAGUGAUAAAGACUGAUCGUCAGCUUCUUCCAACUCGGUUAACGCUAAAACAAUGGCGUGGGAAGCAAUUCUAUGGGCAAUCUUCUUCCUCAUGAACAUUGGCCUAAUAGCCUUCAAUCUGUAUCAGAUCGUGUGCUUAUCGGAUUUGGAGGCAGACUAUAUGAACCCCUUUGAAUCGUCGUCUCGGAUUAAUGCUGUGGUCGUUCCUGAAUUUAUAUUGCACGGGGUGUUAUGCGUUCUGUCCCUUUUGACGGGGCAUUGGAUCAUGUUCCUCUUUACGCUUCCCAUUACUUGCUAUAAUGGCUCCUUGUUUUUGAAGCGACAGCAUCUUAUUGACGUCACUGAGGUCUUUAGGUUUCUCAGUGCCGAGAAAAAGUACCGAAUUAUCAAGCUUGGAUUCUACUUAGUUCUCUUUGUUUUAGUCAUUAUCAGUUGGGACAGUGAAUCUAUCUCAAUGGGAAUGUUGUUUCACUGCAAUUGUUGCUCAAAACCGUAUGAUGGUAGUUCCGAAGGAAUUGUCACAGCUAUACUGCUAGUAGGCUGUAGGUGAUUCCUGGGCAGCAGCCUUACCCUGUCUCCUUGUGCGCUAAUGCAUAUGCCUUGAACAUGUGCCACAGUACUGGGGGAUGAGCACUGCCAGUGUGCCUAGUCAGGAUCUCUUGUUCCGUUAAUAAACUAAGUUGAGCUUCUUUUUUAUAAACAAGUAAUGAAGUUCAAACCUUCAAAAGUAGUACCAGAAUUAGAACUACUCCGGCUUGUGGCUUCUCUUCCUUCUGAAUAUGAUAAACACUUUAUUAUAUUAUGCUGUACUGUUAUUAUGACUAUUUCAAUAGUCGUGUAGAUUAACUGGAGUAGUAAUAUAUUAUUGAGUUUCUAGAACCUAUAAGUAUUAAGCCUUGACAAUUAGGACACACUAAGUGUUUUCAUCUCUUCUAUACUUGCACAACUUUUUACGAAAAGUAUGUUGCAGU